AUGGCAGACUUAGAAAGAAGCGAUGCGGCGCAAUUUGAUCCACCGUCACUAAUCAAUAGGACUUUAGCGGAGAGAUUUUUUAGUGCAUUAACUUCAUUUUCCAUUCCAGAUGAGAAGAGUUUGCAAAGAGCCUCAAAAAGUUUUUCGAAAUGCCCCGAUGAUGAAAUUGAACAAUAUUUUGAAUUUGUUGCAUCAUUCGGUAAACCAUGUUUUAAAUGGAACAUUAUUCGACCUGCAUUUCUGUGGAAACUUGAGCAAGUAAUGCUGGAGAUGCGUAAAGUUGAAUUCGAAAAUCUCGAAGAGAAUGCGAAAGUUGCACUCAUUGCAGCAGAUGAACAACUGAAAAAUCAGCGUGAAUUUAUCAUGAGAAAAGCUCGGGAAUUUGAAGGCACUCCUUUUACAAUUCAAAGGUUGUGUGAACUGUUGACGACUCCGUCAAGGCACUACAAGCAAACCGAUAAAUUUCUUAGAGCUAUUGAAAAAAAUAUCAACGUUGUUACGUGUAUUACGGAGACAGGUGAAAGGAUUACUGGAGUCGAAGAUUUUCCAUUGGAUGAUGAUGAUUGUUACCAACGUAUCGAGCAACCAUUUUUUGUUAAGGUCUAUUACAUAGUUGAUGAAAUGGAUAUCGACAAUUCAGUUGUUACACCAUUGUCUGAAGAAAAUGAAUAUGUCUCUGUUAGUCUUCCUGCUUUUUUUUUUUUAAAUUUAUAA